AUGCUUAUCAAGUGUGUUUUCAACCUACAGGAGCGUGAGAAGAGGGGAAAGAAGAAGGCUGGAGCUUCUAAAACUCCUCCGGAUUCUGAGGCUGCUGCACCAGAGAGGGUCGAUGAACACUUUGAGGCUACAGCUCCAGUUGCACCAAAGAAUGAGGACCAAAAGGAGAAUACCGUCAGGUACAGAAGUCGCCCAAAAGUUCCUAAGGCCAUACUAAAGCGUAAAAAGUCGGCAAACUAUUGUCUGUGGGCUGCCGCUCUGUCAGGGGAGGCCCGAGCUGUGGGUGUUUUAGCUUUACUUAAAUCUUUACUAGGCAGUCCACACAAUGCUGCUGGUAAAACUCGCAUGGGCUGA